AUGCCGACAUCCAAUCAGGGCUGGCCAGAGGAGUUUGGCUUCCAGCUGGGAGGAAGUGGUCCUAGCUACAUCCUGUCUGUGGAGGAGGGGAGCAGUGCCUACCUGGCGGGGCUGCAGCCAGGUGACCAGGUGCUGGAGAUCGAGGGCCAGAAUGUGUCCACUCUGGGAGUCCAGGCUGUCAUCUCCAUCGCUCAGACCCAGAGGAACAUCCCUCCCAGCAUCGGAGUGGUGUCUCGCAUCCAGCAGAUGGACAUCACCCCGGGUCCUGAUGGUCGUUUCGGCUUCACCAUCGUGGGAGACUGCCCCCUCCUGGUGGAGGACUGUUCGCCCUGCUCUCCGGCGGGACGGGGUGGCCUGGGGGCUGGUGACUACGUCAUGGAGGUCAACGGGAUCCCGGUGAGGCAGCACGAGAUGGCGGCGGCGCUGAUCAAGGCGUCCCAGGGGCGUACGCUGAGGCUGGGGGUGCUGUGUCUGGGGCCCAGACAGAAAGUACGCAGCAGUGGGAGUAUGGAUGGGAUACAGCCUGGAGGAGACGGGAUGAGGAAGGACCGCAAACACAAGGCCCUGGAGUUCAACAGGAAGAUUGACCAGAUUUUGGGGGAGGAGCCAGAGGUGAAGGAGAGGCUGUUUGCGGUGCUGAAGCAGUAUGCUGCGGAGAAGAAGGUUGAUUGGCUGGCCUCUGUCCUCCCAGACAUCCUCACCACUGACGAGCAGCAGACGCUCAUCGGCAACAUCAGGUACCGGAGUCUCUGCUCUCUGGGCAUCAUCCAGACUGUGUUCAGUAUAGGUUCUUGA